AUGCCCUUUCUUCGUCCGACUUGCCAGAAGUGGCAACAUUCUCGAAGACGAAGAAGAACUUGUGAACGUCGGCCGGCUUCGACCCGCCAAACUGUGACAGGGAGCCGUCUUCUUUGCCACCCCUCCACAAGAGUACCAUGUGGGCGGCGAAAAGGGGAGGAAGGCCGCGCACGUAGGGGAGAGAGAAAAGUUUUUUUUUUCAGAAGCGUGAAGUUUAUUGCAAGAGCGGGGGUCAGUCCGGCGUGUUGUUGUUUCGUUCUGUCCCUCUUGUCGCGGGGUGUCGCGGCGCGCCCCUUUCUCUUAUAG